AUGGCAGGGAAACAAGCCAGGGAGGUCAGCAUGGUGGUGGAGAUGCACCAGAAGGUUUGGAAGGCAGAAAAUCUGGGAGGUGGGCGAUGUGCUGUGCUGAUUUCUGCUCUGAGAGUAGCACAGGCUUUAUUUCUGUGUCAUCAAACCACAGGAAAUUGUGAUAGAGCUGUGUUUUCUAAAGAUGACCAAAGGAAGAAGUGCCGAGGACAGAAAAUCCAAAUGCUGGCGCUGUCCAACAGCACGGCCCUGAGCCUGCUCCUCUCCAAACUGCUCCAGGAGUGCCUGGAACGGACCAACAGCUCAUCUCCUUCACAGGAGAGGAGAGCCAGCGACAGCCUGGCCGUCAUCUACGUGCUGCUGAUGCUGGGGCUCUUUGGCUUCUUCACCGUGGGGGUGAUGGUGAGCAACCUGCGGGCGCGGCGCCUCGAGGGGCCCCGCGACCCCUACAACACCUACAUCGCCACCGACGCCUGGCACAGGAGGGACAGGGAGUACUUGCAGGCCAAGCUCAUGGAGAGCUACAAGCUCUGCUGCGUCCUGGAGAACCAGCUGGCCGUGGAGCAGCCGGGCACGAAGAUCCCCGAGGAGAAAUCCUCCUAG